UCAGUGGGGAGCCCUUCCACCUACCACAAUAUCAACGGCGAUGCCAAAAUUUGACCAUUUUAGGAUUUUUCUUUUCUUAUAUAUUUACUCAAAUUCUAUCUACCCAUUUGUCUAUUUUCCUCAAAAACCCAAAUCUUUGAUUUCCUUCUAUAAAAAAGAAGAAGAAAAAAACAGAGGAAAGAAGGGACUUUUUGAGGAAGAACUAUGGCUCCACCUACAAGAAUAGGACUUGCUGGUUUGGCUGUUAUGGGCCAAAAUCUUGCGCUUAACAUUGCCGAGAAAGGCUUCCCCAUUUCUGUUUACAACAGAACUACCUCCAAAGUCGAUGAGACUGUUGAAAGAGCUAAACAGGAAGGGGAUCUUCCUUUAUUUGGAUUCCAUGAUCCUGAAUCUUUUGUUCAGUCGAUCCAGAAACCUCGAGUGAUAAUCAUGCUUGUUAAGGCAGGGGCCCCUGUUGACCAGACCAUUAAAACUCUCUCUGCAUACAUGGAGAAAGGUGAUUGUAUCAUUGAUGGUGGCAAUGAGUGGUACGAGAACACAGAGAGACGGGAGAAAGAAAUGUCUGGACUGGGUUUGUUAUACUUAGGGAUGGGAGUUUCAGGUGGUGAAGAAGGUGCACGGAACGGUCCCUCUUUGAUGCCUGGAGGGUCUUUUGAAGCUUACAAAUACAUUGAAGACAUUCUUCUUAAGGUUGCCGCUCAAGUUUCUGAUAGCGGACCCUGUGUGACUUACAUUGGCAAAGGUGGAUCAGGUAAUUUUGUCAAGAUGGUUCAUAAUGGAAUUGAAUAUGGUGAUAUGCAGCUGAUUGCUGAGGCUUAUGAUGUUCUGAAAUCUGUUGGAAAAUUAUCGAAUGAAGAACUACAGAGUGUUUUCUCGGAAUGGAACAGGGGGGAGCUUUUGAGCUUCUUGAUUGAAAUCACUGCUGAUAUAUUCGGAAUUAAGGAUGAUAAAGGAGAAGGUUAUCUAGUUGACAAAGUUUUGGACAAAACUGGCAUGAAGGGUACUGGUAAAUGGACCGUACAGCAAGCUGCUGAUUUGUCCAUUGCUGCUCCAACAAUUGCAGCAUCUUUGGAUUCAAGGUUCCUUAGUGGGUUGAAGGAGGAAAGAGUUGAAGCCGCUAAAGUUUUCAAAUCAGGAGGGUUCGGUGAUGUCUUGACCGACCAAACCGUGGACAAGGCGAAAUUAAUUGAUGAUGUAAGGCAAGCUCUUUAUGCAUCCAAGAUUUGCAGUUAUGCACAGGGCAUGAAUCUCAUUCAUGCAAAAAGCAUCGAGAAGGGUUGGGACUUGAAGUUGGGGGAACUGGCGAGAAUAUGGAAGGGAGGCUGCAUCAUCAGAGCUAUUUUCCUUGACAGGAUCAAGAAGGCAUACGACAGAAACCCUGACCUUGCAAACCUUCUUGUUGAUCCCGAGUUUGCAAAGGAAAUCAUCGACAGGCAAUUUGCAUGGAGAAGAGUUGUUUGUCUUGCCAUCAACUCCGGUAUUAGCACUCCCGGCAUGUCCUCCAGUCUUGCUUAUUUUGACACUUACAGGAGGGAAAGGGUACCUGCAAACUUGGUUCAAGCUCAACGAGAUUAUUUCGGUGCCCAUACUUACGAAAGAGUUGAUAUGGAGGGAUCUUUCCACACUGAGUGGUUCAAGAUAGCGAAACAGCUGAAAAAUUAACUUUACCGUAUGGGGUACUCUCCUGAACAGCGAAUGCGUACGAUAAUAUCUGCUCCGUACUUGUGCUCUACCAAGCUACACCAUGAUUAUUUCCUUUUUAUCUCAACAUCGUUUCUCAAAUUUAUCUGCAAAUUUUAGACAGAGUCAUAUUGUGUCUGAAUGUGGUGUUCCAUUUUAUUUUGUUUCUGGAUUCGAGCAUUAAUCAAUGAAGCCGGCGGACCCUUUUUGUUUA